AUGUCUUACUACCCUCCCGGUUGGACUUAUGAGCGUCUGCUCGACGCCAGUGGUGCAGAAAUCCAGGCACUUCCCGACUCUCAACGCACCGCCCUCAUCGACGGCCUGAAAGAAACUCAUGGUGAAGAUGGUUUCCAUUCAAUUCUACAGGAAAUGAGUCGUCGCUACCGAGCUCGUGUAGAAGCUACCGAAUCAGCAGAAGUAAAGCAGCAGCGACGUGAAUUGGUUGCGCCCUUCUAUAAGGCUCUAGCUGCCGUCUAUCGAAGCCCCGUGCCCGAGGAAUGGGGUGAAUGGGGGUUCGUAGUGUUUCGCACAACACCUUACGGUGGAACUCACGAUCUUGAAUGGAAUGAGCUUCAGAAGCGCUGGAACGAGGUUUUUGAGGAGCAACUCUCCUCUCAUCGAGGGUCUCUUGACAAAGUCGAUCGGGCAAUUCAAUUGCUCAAGUUUCAGUGGGUCGAGGAUCCUGCACUUGAUGGGGUCGACGCGGACCAAGUGGCCAGACUCUAUGGCGAUAUGAUCGCCUCGCUUCCUCAAGGGCUUGCCACGUCGGCGUGUCUCAUGGUGACGCCUGCUUCUCUCGAAUCGAUUCUGAACUCGCCACUUCCUUCUUCUGCGCCCCGCAGUCAAAGGCGAAAGAUCCCUUUCGCUGUUGCGGUGAACGCUCAGCGAGAGGUCAGCCCGUCUGUGGCAAAUUCGGCGGGCUCAGUCGACGCGGACGUUGCAGGGGCUGAUUUCCCUGGACACCUCAAUGUGGCUCUUGAAACUAUCCUCGAAGAAUUUUACCCCAUUACCGCAUUGCAGAUGAUGGAUUUGCAUUCUUUGACUGCGCUAUUCCGUACUCACGAUGAUAUUUGGUGCGCUGCUGAUCAUCAGGGUGUCCACCAAAAUCCGAAGUGA